AUGAGUGUCGGCUAUCGAGCUCUUGUCAAUAUCUCAGUGGCCACUAGUUUAAAAAAUACAUCAAUCAAUACUAAUAAGGAUGGUAUAACCUCAUCGAGAGUAAGUGGUUUGGUUUGUGCUGCCAUUGAUUCUGUUAUUCGUUCUGGGUACACUCGUCCUUUUUGCACCACUCAACCACCUUCUGGUCAUUAUGGUAUAAUUACAAGUGAUGCAUCACCCUUCUCAAGGCUAUUGUUUAAUCAAUUCAAAAGCACCGUUUUAAGUAUUUGUUUGAAACGUUUAAAACUCAUUGCAAAUAUGUUGUGUAAAUUCUCAUCCAAAAGCACACAAACAAACAACAACAGCAUCAACAAAUUCAACAAAGAGAGUAAUAGUUUAGGUAGUGAAUAUAGUAUUGGUAGAAAUAGUAAUAACAAUAACAAUAACAAUAACAAUAACAAUAACAAUAACAAUAACAAUAACAAUAACAAUAACAAUAACAAUAACAAUAACAAUAGUAAUAGUAAUAGUAAUAGUAAUAGUAAUAGUUGA